CUCGUGAAAGCCGAACAGGCUGCGUUAGCGUCGCUUGUAAUGACGUUAGCCUCCUGGAUGUGUUUUUUUUUUCCGCCGUUAACGAGUUUGAAUAGCAGGGACCGACAUCCACGGAAACCUCCCCGGUCUGUUGAAGCACAAACCACCGUGACCUUCCCGCACAUCCCAGCUCGGCGUCCUCCCUUGCAAGCCCUGACGGGACGUGGUGACCUGUUGACUCUGGUGAACUGACACCCUGCGUCUCGUUCCGUCCACCUCCAUACCCCACCCCCUCUUUCCCUCAUCCCCUCAUCCCCUGUCCUGACCAGUCUCCGUGCUGCCGGCGGUGGAUUGGAGCACUCUGAUUGGAGGAUUUGCGAGGUGGUUUUUCGGUCUGGCGCCGCCUCCCCCCGGGGCCGGCGUGCGCUCCCAGCAGCCCGUGGUGCCCUGUGCCCCCCCCUCCCCGUCACUGCAUAACAGAGCCCAUGCCCAAGGAGGAGUCGCGGUGCGUCCGCCAGGAGCCAUGUGCCUCCCUCACAGUAACAACAUGGACAGCAAGCUACAGGGGGCGGGGCCGGGGGGAGGGGCUAUACUUCGAUCACAAGCAGGAGGCGUUCCACUAGAGCCCUUCAUCCACCAGGUGGGGGGUCACACCAGUAUGAUGCGUUAUGAUGACCACACGGUGUGUAAGCCUCUGAUCAGCAGAGAGCAGCGCUUCUACGAAUCUCUGCCUCCAGAAAUGAAGGAGUUCACUCCAGAGUAUAAAGGUGUGGUGCUGGUGUGUUUUGAGGGCGACUUGGACGGCUACAUCAACCUGGUGGCGUACCCUUACGUGGAGAGCAACAUGGAGGGGGGGCCUCCGGAGCACGAGGAGCGGGACCCCCCAGAGAGGGAGCAGCCGAGGAGGAAACACUCCAGAAGAAGCCUCCAUCGCUCCUCCUCCUCCUCUGAACACAAAGACGAGCGGAGCGACAGGAGGGAGGCGCACGACAACGACGCGUCUGAUAACCUGGCAGAGCUGAAGAGUCCGCGGCUCGACCCAAAGAUCCACUCGGACGUUCCCUUCCAGAUGUUGGACUGGAACAGCGGUUUGAGUUCAGAGAAGAUCAGCUACAACCCCUGGAGCCUGCGCUGCCACAAACAGCAGCUGAGCCGCAUGAGGUCUGAAUCCAAGGACCGAAAACUCUUCAAGUUCCUGUUGUUGGAGAACGUGGUCCACCACUUCUCUUACCCCUGCAUCCUGGACCUGAAGAUGGGCACCAGGCAGCACGGAGACGACGCCUCCGAGGAGAAAGCGGCGAGGCAGAUGAAGAAAUGUGAACAGAGCACUUCAGCGACCCUGGGAGUCAGAGUGUGUGGCAUGCAGGUGUACCAGCUGAACACGGGUCACUACCUCUGCAGGAACAAGUACUACGGCCGCGGCCUGUCGAUCGAGGGUUUCCGUCAGGCGCUCUACCAGUACAUGCACAACGGGAAGGUUCUGAGGCAGGACCUCUUUGAGCCGAUCCUGAAUAAGCUACGCAGCCUGAAGGCCGUGCUGGAGAGGCAAGCGUCCUAUCGCUUCUACUCGUCUUCACUGCUCAUCAUCUAUGAGGGACAGGAACCUGAGGCCCCUUCAGUCCUCAGCUCGGGUCAGCAUGCGGCCCUCACACAGAAGACCCCUGCGGUCCCUACAGAGCCUCACCGUGGCCCCGGGCCCCAACCACCCCCAUCCACAGGAGCCUCCUGUGAAACGGACAUGAGCCAGAACCCAGCCUCUGGGUCUCUGCCCUCUCAGGGACCUGGACGUAUGGCUCCUCCCUCUCCCUCCCCUCAUCCUCCCCCACAGACCCCGUCCACCAAGUCAGACUGCCACUCCUUCCUCCCCCCUCUCUCCUCCACACACCAUUCAGACUCCUUCUCCCCUGCUCCCAGCUUAAUGUCCUUCCCCCCUGCCCCUCCCCACCAGCCUCAGCAGCCCCCCCUGGUGGACGUUCGUAUGAUCGACUUCGCCCACUCCACCUUCAAAGGCUUCCGCGGCGACACAGCGGUGCACGAUGGUCCGGACCGGGGCUACGUGUUUGGACUGGAGAGCUUGGUCCAGAUCCUGGAGAGUCUGCGGGACGACAACCUGCAGUAGCUCCAAACUCACACACACACACACACACACACACACACACACACACACACACACAGCUUGUUGUGAGUUUGUCCAGGUUGUGCUGCAGAGUCCUCAAGAAUCGGGACAGUUUGGCUGUGAGUAUGGAACAUGGGUCUGCAGGACGUCACCAUGGAAACAUGGGCAUUCUACAGUCAAAUAGUUACCAUAGCAACAACCAAGCGAUGGGACAGAGCAGCUAGAAAGUGAGUUCCAGAGGCCUGCUGUGAAGCAGCGCCGCCCCCUGCUGGACAGCAACAGAAACUCACCCCCAGAGGCUGGAAUAAAAGAGAGCAAAUAUGAAUAUUUUAUUUUUGGUUUAUUGAGGUGAUAAUUUAUUUUUUUAUUGUACCCUUCACCGAUGUGUGUGGGUGGAUGUUUUGUCUUUUACAUGUCCGCCCCAAAAUGUAUAAAAUGUAAAGAAGUUAAGACACAGUGUGCAAGAAACGCAGUAUUAUUGGAGCUCACUCAAGUCUGUUUGAUCUGCUGCUGAAUGAAGACUCUUUGGGUAUCAAACAAAAUCACAUUUAUGUUUAAUGAAGAAAAAUUCUCACAGAAAAUUCAGACUUCAGUCGCUCACUGAGCCCGACACUUGUGCCUGCUGAGGAGAUGUUGCUCAGGUGGGAAGCUCUUCUGAACGUGUGUGCGUGCGUGCGUGCGUGCGUGCGUGCGUGCGUGCGUGUGCCUGUGUGUGUGUGUGUGUUAGACACCAUCAUUAGUCUUUGGUUUGUUUCACUUCACAUUUAAGGAGUCGGUAAAGAAGUGCAUGCACAUUAACGCCCUCCUGUUCGGGUCAGUUUCCUUCACAGCGUCAAACCUUCCUGUUACAGACGUCACUGAGUCGAAGCGGUGACGUCCAUGUGUCCUCUCUCAGAUCAUGAUUCUUCAUAAGUGUUAGCCUCCAUGAUCGAUCAGUUAUUUAGCAGCGUUUUCUGCAUCUGACAUCAUCCUGACUGUUUGUUAGAACAGUGAAAGUACGUGAGAUUAAAUCUUUCCAGAAGCUUU